GGGCGGCGUCCUUACCAACUCCGGAUUAUGUCUAUUACAUCACUAAACUUCAUUUAAUAACUAUAUGCCUGUUAAGUAGAAGAUUUUAACUAUUAAUAGCAUUAUAUAAUCGUUUUAAUUUUGAGCAUUCACACAUAUACGAAACGUCCAAAGCUGGUGUCUGAAGUGGUAAAAAUAUUAGUGUGCGAACUGCACUGUUGACACUGUAGGGAGAGUGUUGAAGAGAGUGGCGGGAGACGCCGUGGCACCACACUCCUCGCAACAAUGGAUAAAAUAUUACUCUUUAUCUCAACAGAACGGACAAAUAAUUUUAUAAAUGAAGAAAUAAAAGCUGCAGUUAAAAUAAUUAAAGAAGAAAAUUCAAAACCAAACUCCUGUUGCCAUUUAGUACGACUAGCUUCUGCUACUAUCCAUCAUGAUGAAGGAAACGAAGCUUGUGUGGAUGAUGCCAGUAUUGUGACUCAGUGGCAUGAUUGGUCCAAACAGGAUCCCAUACAAGAAUUAUAUGUUACCCUUGAGGUUGUUGGGAAGGAGAGUGAAUGUGCUGAUAACCAAGAAGAAAAUGUUUUCAGGUACAAUGACUACUUCCUCUUGGCUGAAGCAUUACACAAAUUUGCUGAUGAUUUGCAAGACAUUGGAAGUUAUCUCAUAUAUGUGGUCUGGGCAGUGGACAAAUACGCACCAAAUCCUAGUGAGAUUCCAGAGUUUUAUGGAGCUUUAAGAAGAAUACAACAGUGGCAUUUUGGUGGUUUACACAUUACGUGCAAGGAUCAGAUAAGUGUUUAUGAAUGGCGCAACUUUAUGCCACUUCAUAUUUCCACUGGAUGUUCUGAGGCUGUAGAAAACAUCAUCUCUACCUUUUGGCAAGGCCAUCUGACUUUAUCAGAAGAGGGAACUGGCAAUCCUUUGCUAUUCCCAGAGUGUGUUAUUCAGUGCCUCUCUGGACAGCCUGCUUUAGGGACUAAUUCCAAACAGGAAGCAUUGUACAUUCUUCCUACUGCAGAGGUUGUGGUUGAUUUUGACAUUGGCACCUUACCUUUGGUAUAUCUCCGUCAUGGUAGUGUUUACAAAAUUACCCCCGUUAAUUUCUUGGAUGAAGAGAACCAUGAGGAAGUGACAGAUUUAUUAGAUGCACUUACUAAUCAGCCUGGAGUGGCAACACUGAUCAGACUUCAGUAUUCACCACUACCACCGACUCUGGAAGGUGUGAAGUCAGUGACCACAAAAGAAUGGAAAAGAAAUAAUGCUGAAGGUCAUUUUGAUCUCGUCCCAAGUCUGCAAUUCAAGAGUUUCUACCAGACUCUCAACAUGCUUAUUCUUAGUGAAGGAGUAGAUAAAGGAAAGCAGGCACUGAUGGUUGCUAUGCAAGACCCAAAUGUUUGUGGGGAGGAUGUUGUCAAGUUCAUCAGUCAUCCAGGUCGACAUAUGAAGAGUCACUCCAAUGAAGAGGAGAAAAAAAUACUAGAUCUGCUAAGGGAGACACCAGAGUUUUCAUCAUUGCACAUGGCAGCAUUUUCUCAUCUUUCUUUGAACCUCUCACAACAGAUCAUAGGACGUUUGUCACGAGCUGGCCGGCCAGUAAAUGAUUUAAGUGAGCACACAAGGAGAGAGCUUGAAGCAGCAGCAAGUGAGGAGGUACUACGUUGCAUGCUCUUGAUACCAGCUCCUCUGCCUGUCUUGCCCAAAACAUUCUGUGCUGUUCUACCUGAAACGGCAGUAAGCAGUAAUGAGUGGGCAGAAUAUAUUGCAUUGGCUAAAGCUGAAGAUGAUGCUGAAAAAUCGUCACUUGCACGACGUCAUUCAGGGGACUUGCUUGGUGGACUUGCACCACCACCACACACUGAUGCCAUUCUCACUCUUGAGGCAGCCCAGCUUACUAAGCUAUUCACCAAGAGUGGCCAGCCAAUUGACAGAAUAAGACGGAAAAUGAUUAAACACACCUCUUCUGGUCAACGUUCCUUUAAAUUAAAAUCAACUCUACAAGAAGUGAAAUCCCUAACAUGGCCAGAAUCACUCUAUGCUCACCACCAUGGUAUUUAUUACAAUGUUGAUGAGCGAUGUGAGAAGUACAAUGAACAAUGUAACCAGGUAAAAAAUCGCUUCAUUAGACAAGAGACUGCUGCCACCUGUACUGUGUUCCAAGACAAAGAGACAGCAUAUGUUACAGUCUCCACACACAAAUCCAGCAGUAAAGAGACCAAAGCAACAACAAAGGGGAAUAUACAACCCUCAAACAUGAGCAGAUUAGUGAAGAGUGGAGCCACAGGGGCAAGUGAGGUGGAUACAGCGAGCUUGAGAAGUGGAUAUAGUGCACGAAUACCAAGAGGAGCUCUAAGGCGUUCACCUCGUAAGCGGUUACAUCAGCCACCACUAAAGCAAUUGCAGCGGUCAGAAAAUAAAAAUGAGAGAACAACACCUCAGAAGGGAUUGAGAAAAGGAGGCCAUGGAAACAGGAAGAGCGAAAGUGACCUGAUGAAACCUUCAGACUUACUACAGCCAGCAGCUACUAGAGGUCCAUUAAGAAAUGUUAAUUCACAAAGCAAGAGAAUUCCUAAACCUGCUGAUCUGAGUGAUGUACACAAGCAGAAACUUCGUGUGGCUGUUGUAGAAUCCCUUGAAAAAGAGGGGAUGAAAAUGAAGGAUCCAUUAUUCAAGGUGUGCUUCAAGAAACUGUUUGCUGUUUGCAGACCAUUUGCUUUGGAUGUCAUAGGUCAGGGAUCUACUAGUAAGAAUAUGGAAAAAAUUGCCAAAGCCCAUGUAAAACAGGUUAUAGAAUUUGAAAGACUCAAAACUAGAAAACAUAGAUGAUUUGUCAUUUGCUAGAGUUUUACAAUUUAAGUUAUAUUGUAUAAUUUUAAUGACAUCCCAGUUGAAGGUUGGGUGGAAUGCAUAAAACACUGAAUUUUUCAUGCUCCCAUUGCUGCAUGUUUAUACUAAAUAACAUUUCAAUAUUUUUCAACAAUAUUCAUUCAUUUCAGAUUAAAGACAAAACGGGAAAAUUACAGAAAGUUUAGUGUGCAAUAUUUAUAACAUGUGCUCAGGUUAAGAAAUGGGCGAGUUUACCGUGUUAAUAACAAAAAUAAUUGCACUUGCAAGUAUUACCCAGCAGCUGUAUGUCUACAAUGGCUCAAAUGUUUACCAAUAUAUUAUUCUUUUUCCUUAUAUUGUCACAGAUAAAGUAGUACCCAGCUGUUUGUAUUAAAGAUAUCAGCGUGUGUUUUGAGGAUAAAUGCCACAGCAUAGUGCAUGAUUGCUGACUGAAAUGUUCUAGAAUAAUAUACUAUUUGACAAGACAAUGCUGACUGUUGGUAGUGAACAUAUUUUUGUUUUAACUGAAUGACUUAAUAGACUGCAAAAUUAUUUCCUAAGUUUUAUGGUAUGUGUGUAUGUCUAGUUUUUAUCUACCUUUUAAUAUAAUUUCAUUAUACUAUUGAAUUAUUGAAAA